AUGAAACGGGCAGCCACUCCUGGUUUUCGCAACGACGGGGAUGAACGACCCGCGAAGCUGCGACGCCGAAACAGUUCAAGCACGCUUCCAAUCCCGUCGAACGGACAACAGAAGGAGCAGACGAUACCACAACCGCCUUCACCUUUAUCGAACAAUCAUAGCAUCAAGGUCGAUAAGCCAGAUUACAAACCUGUAGCUCCGCCUCGAUCAAAAAAGGUCAACGACCGCGAGAACGAAAUAUUCCAGUGGAUUCCUCCUCCCUCGGACGAUUUUGAAGUUAUGAGUCAGCCAGCACCCAAAAGAUCGCGAUCACGAUCGAUCUCGACUGAUCGCGGACGACCCCGUUCCAUUUCACCGAGUACUAGUGCCUCAUCUCGGGAUGCUAAAUCAUACGCCUACAAGGCUGCGAAUUAUGUUACAAUACUCGAGACCAAGGGCUGCUACAUGCGGUCAUCAGAUGCGGGUCCGAUCCCGGACGACGUGGAUCUUUGCAAGCGACUGCUUGAUCCAUCAGUUGAUACUCCACAUGGGAGCUUAUUUGACGACGAGUACAUCAAGGCCUUUCAUGAUAUAUUACAAAAUCGAUCAGAAGCCCGGCUGUUAGUAGAUUUACACCCAUAUCUCAUGCCAUCUGCAGAAAAUCUUUUUAUUAAAGGCAGGGCAGAUCUAAAAAAUGUGAUUGAUGGUUAUAAUGAUCCAUGGCUAAAGACAGAGCCUAUCUACGGUCCUAAACCGCAACCGGAUCAUGCCCAAGGCUUGAAGUGGUCAAUCUUUUCAGCGAGCCAGCGACGAAAGCUUGGGAUCAAACCAGAUGAAAAAUCUUUUUAUGCAGUCCGAGAGGAUAUGUAUUUUCCAUAUUUAACCGCAGAAAUUAAAUGCGGGAACCAGGCAUUGGAAUUUGCUGAUCGGCAGAACAUGCACAGUAUGUGCAUUGCCCUUCGGGCUGUGGUUAGUCUCGCGCAAGCAGCUGGUCGAGAGGGAGAAGUCCAUCAGCGGCUCCUUGGAUUUUCAAUUUCACACGAAUUAGAAGGCGUACGGAUCUACGGAUACUAUCCAGAGAUCGACGAAGAUGACAUUAAAUACUAUCGCUGGCCAGUGAAGAAAUACAAUAUAUGGACAGAGGCAGAUAAAUGGACAUGUUAUCGUUUCGUGGAGAAAGUCAAUCAGGAAUUCCUCCCCACUCAUAUCAACCGAUUAAUGCAAUUCCUGGAAGAGAUUCCCGAUCCACAAGAUGUCUCAUUCGAGCUCGAUAUCGAUGACGACAUUGGUUCCCAAUCACGAAUUGCGUCUCAGGAACGCUCGUCAUAUAGCCGGGCCACAUCUUCACAGCAUCGGGUCCUACAACCAGAGCUACGAAACAUGAUUCAGACCUUGCAGCAGCAAUUAGACGAACAGAAGGCGCGGGAAGAGAAGCUUCUCGCCCAGUUGGAACAGCAGAGAGUCGAGCAGAAGGCACGCGAAGAAAAAUCAUCUGCAGAGCAUAAGAGUCGAGAGGAGAAGCUCCUUGCCCAAAUAGAACAGCAGGGAUUGCAACUAGAAAGGUUUCUUAGACUUUUGGAACAGAAUAAGGAGUGA